GGAAAAUGCAGCAGGAUUGUUGCGCAUGGAUUUUGACGGUCGGUUCAAAUCAACAUUCGGCACGAAGAAAAUUUCAGUGUGGUUUUCCUGCAACGGAUACGGAGAGCAGUUACGCGUUCGGUGUCGAAGGAGGGCUGAAAUAAACAUUCUUACUGUUCGCAGGAAUUGCAUUUCCACUCUAGUGCGGGAAAGUGUAUUGUUUGUGUGUUAACAAUUUAAGGAGUAAAUGCACUUUUAAAGAUAUAUUUCAAAUCAUGUUUGAUAGCAACUAGUGGAGUUAUAAAUAAAAGUGUAUUUAGUUAAGUGCAAGUAUGGUUUAAACAAUUGUUCUUCAAUAGAUAUAAAAUGGCUGUCACUUCCAAAUACUUAGUUAUUUAUUUUGUGUUAAUAAUAUAUUUUUUGGGAAUUAUACACUCCAUGUCUUCCAGAAACAUUUCCAGUUCUCAAUUUCGCCAUAGACGUAGCUACGGGGAACGUCGCAAAGGUAAAGAUGGCGUCAGCAAUAUAAAGGGACAACUCAGUGGAAAACCUGGGGUAUUUGUCACUGAAAAUUGUACAGUGGUGCUGGCCCAAAUCGGAGGAACGGCAACAUUGCCUUGUGUAGUCAGAAAAUUCAACUCUGGAGUGGUUUCCUGGAUAAGAAAACAGGAUUACCACCUGCUUACUGUUGGUUUAGCAACAUACAAUACAGAUGACAGAUUUCUGGUGGAACACGUUCGACAUCUGCAGAACUGGGGACUUCUUAUAAAACACGUUCAGUUGUCUGAUGCUGGACUGUAUGAGUGUCAAGUUUCAACACACCCCCCCACCAAUAUAUUAGUAGAGCUUAAAGUAACAAAGGCUAAAGCAGAGAUUCAGGGUGCUCCUGACUUGCAUAUACGGUCUGGGUCCCUACUGAGGUUGGUGUGUACUCUUCAAUACUCGACUGAAACCCCUGCUUACGUGUUUUGGUAUCACGAGCAAAGAAUGAUUAAUUACGAUCCUGGCGUAUCUGUUAUAGAAGGAAGAUCAUCUUCAAUCUUACACUUAAAAGAGGCUGAUAAAAGUAAUAACGGAAACUAUACGUGUAGCCCCUCAAAUGCUGUUCCAGCCUCAAUAAAUGUACAUGUAUUGAAUGCUACAGCAGAAGAAAAACCGGCAGCAAUGCAGCACGCGAAUAGUUCUUCGUCUACAAAUUCAAUAGCAAAAUGCAGUUUGCUUAUAGUAACCAUCAUACUAAUUCCAGUAUUGCCAAAUACGUGAUUGAUAAUAAUUUAAAUGUUAGGGUGGACACUUUUUGUGAUUAAAACCAAAGUGAUAAUUUUAAAAUGUAAAUUUGUAUAUAUGUACCUAAUAAUAUUAAUGUUUUAAAUAAUAAAAUUUAAAUAAGGACUAUUGUCAACGCCAAAACACUUUCAAGAAUGUACCAUGUAUUUUAUUUUUAUUGAAAAUAA